UCAUCUUCUUGCCCGAAACCCCGAAUGAAAUCCCGACCGUAGAUCUCACUUCUUUCCCUGUCUAUUUGCAGCAGAUCACCAUGAGUGAAACAACCACAAGUACUGCAAGACCCUCGCAGGAUGGCGUCAACCGCCAGUUUAGCUGGUAUGAGCCCGAGUUGGCUGAGGUCAAGGAGCCUGCGCGUACCAUUCUUGCCGAAUACAGCAAGAUCCCGGAGGAGAAGAUCAUUGGUCAUGUCAAAGAAGUGAGAGAUCGCGCCUUCGCAGUCUUUCCCUAUCCAUGUAUCGGAUCCUUCCGGUUCCUUGAUAUCACCAUCUGCAAUUCCUCCGCGUAUCCCGAGAUCCUCUCCCGCUUGAAGGACACCUCGGACGUUUACCUGGAUCUGGGAUGCGCCAUGGGCCAGGACAUCAGACACCUUGUCCACCAAGGAGCACCGCAAUCUCAAAUCUACGGCUCAGACCUGCACCCCCAGUUCAUCGAACUAGGAUACGAACUCUUCGCGGACCGCGACACCCUAGCAUGCCAAUUCAUCACCGGCGACAUCUUCGACAGCAGUGAACUAUUCAACCGACUUAGCGGGAAGGUAGACAUGAUCAACGCGGCCUCAUUCUUCCACCUCUUUGACUGGGAUACCCAGGUCAAACUGGCAAAGCAGGUCAUUAAGCUGCUAAAGCCGAAGGCCGGUUCUAUGGUGGUUGGUCGCCAUGUAGGGGAUUAUAAUUCACGGGAGGUGUGGGCGAAUGAGUUGAAGUCGACGAUUUGGAGACACAACUUGGAUUCGUGGAGGAGGUUGUGGGAGCAGGUCGGGAGGGAGACGGAGACGGAGUGGAGUGUUGAUGUUACGGGCGAGGAGUGGAAGGGGAUUACGAAGGUGGCGCAUAAUGGGGAGACGACUUUUAAGAUGCAGUUUGUUGUGAGGAGGGUAUAG